AUGACGGAGACAAAUACACUAAAAAACAACCAACUAGACGUCCUGGGAACCCAGCCGUCCCUCUACAAACUCUACACACAAAUAUGUUCAAUUUACCCUCUUCCAGACUCGACCUCACACGACCGCAUCGUCACCACCCUAAGAAAUGGACUCGACAGACUUGCGCAGAACUUUCCAUGGCUGGCAGGCUAUGUCAUCAACGAAGGCUCAAGUGAAGGCGUCACAGGCACGUACCGAAUAGUUCCUACCGACUCAAUCCCGCUGGUCGUCAAAGAUCUUCGAGGAGAUGCCUCCAUGCCAUCGCUUGACACCAUACGAGAAGCAGGAUUUCCAUUUCGCAUGCUGGACGAGAAUGUCAUUGCACCAUGUAUGACUAUCAACAUUCCCGGCAUGCCUGUCGGGCUAGUUGCCGACCAUGGACCUGUUUUUGCCGUUCAAGCAAACUUCAUUGAAGGCGGUUUAGUCUUGACGAUUGUCGCGCAACACAACACCAUGGAUAUGCACGGGCAGAAAACCAUCAUCAAUUGGCUGUCGAAAGCUUGUCACAACGAAUCCUUCUCAAACGAGGAACUCGAGGUGGGAAACACAGACAAGAGUCAAAGCUAUCCGCUUCUACCAGACUCCUGGGAACCUGGCCCCGAGAUUGCCCAACAAUUGGUAAAACCUCCCGUCGUUGAACCUAAGAGCAACGCAGCGCAAACACAACUCCCGCCUCCCAAAGCCUCAUGGGGCUACGUAACCUUCUCCUCAACCGCCUUGGAAACUCUCAAAAUCAAGGCAACGCAGACAAAGCGUGUCGGCUGCAACUUUGUUUCUACCGAUGACACCGUCUGCGCCUUCAUCUGGACAUGCCUCUCCAGGGCUCGAGCUUCUCGACUUAAACCUGAUGUGAAGUCCAUCUUUGCGCGUGCCAUCGAUGUGCGUCCACGACUAGGCCUACCUUCCAACUAUCCCGGUGCAUGCACAAACAUGACCUUCAACGAAUUGUCAAUCAGGGCCGUAGGAAGUGACACUCUAGGUGGCAUAGCAUCAGACAUUCGUCGCCAGCUUGACCCCAAUGUCACAGACAUGGCACACAAUACCCGCGCCUUUGCCACGUAUCUCAGCCGCUGUACCGACAAGUCCAAGCUCAACAUGACGGGUUCUACGGAUCCUUCGUCCGGAAUCAUGCUGAGCUCGUGGGCUGGAAUUAAUCUAUACGACCUUGACUUUAAUCUUGGUCUUGGGAAACCUGAGUCUGUACGACGGCCGUGCUUUCUCCCGGUGGAGAGCUUGAUGUACAUUAUGCCAAAGUCACCGAAUGGUGAUAUGGCAGUCGCUAUAUGUAUCACAGAUGAAGAUUGGGAACGUUUAAAGGAAGAUGAGGAAUGGAAAAAGCAUGCGAAAUAUCUGGGGUAA